AUGCUUACUCCAGUUGGUCUCAUCUCUAUGAUACUUUUGGGACUUGAGUCCCUUGUUGCAAGCCUGGCAAAUGGAUUUAUUAUAGUUGUGAUUUUCACUGGCUGGAUUAAAAGCAGAAAGGUGGCCUCCUGUGAGCUCAUUCUGACCUCCCUGAGUAUCUCCAGGUUUCUCCUACAAUGGAUUGUAAUGCUGAGCAACGUCAUCUAUAUCGUUUUUCCAAGGACUUCUGCACUAGGAUGCAAACACAAAGGAUUCGGAAUCCUGUGGAAUUUUCUAAACAUGGUCAGUCUCUGGUGUGCCGCCUGGCUUAGCGUCUUCUACUCUGUAAAGAUUGCCAACUUCACCCGACCCUUCUUUCUCUGGUUGAAGCUGAGAAUUGCUUGGCUGGUGCCAAGGCUGCUCCUGGGGUCCCUGAUGGUUUCCUUGGUCAGUACCAUCCCAUUAGUCUGGACUGAUGUUGGGUUUGAUCUGUGCAACUCAAGAAAAAUCCCGGAAGGAAACAGAACCUUGAAUGAUACUAAGGAUAUCCCAUAUCUCUUCUUUAUGCCUAUGGAAAUCAUUGUAUCUGCCAUCCCUUUCAUCAUAUUCUUAUUUUCAUCCAUCCUAUUGCUCAUCUCUCAAUGGAAACACACCAAGAAAAUGAAAAACAAUGUUACUGGUUUGAAAGAUCUCAGUGUGGCGGCCCAUACCAAUGCCAUGAAAUCUCUGCUCUCCUUUUUUAUCCUCUUCAUUAUAUAUUUUGUGACUAUAAUAGUCAUCUUGGCAGGCACAAUCAGAUUUCAAAACCCUGCCCGUUUAUCUUAUGAAGUUCUACUUUCUGCAUAUCCUUCUGGACACCCCAUUGUUUUGGUUCUGACCAAUCCAAAACUGAAACAGUUGUCAGUGAAGAUUCUGCAUCAAAUCAAAUGCCAACUAAGAGAAGGGACUUCAUAA